CGCCCGCGCGCGCGCGUGUUGCACUUCCACUAAUGCAAAUGGCGGAGGCGAGGGCACAAGUGCUGUUGUGCGGUGUUGAGCCUGAGUUCCCCUUCUUCAUUCAAGAUACCCAAUGAGAUGCAAUACUUGCUGAAAAGUCUUUCUAUCCAUCCAACACCUCAACCCAGCUCAACACAGCACCGUGCAAACUAAGAUCUUGAAGUCAAGUCAACUGAUGUUAUACUUGAACUUUAGAAAACAGCACUUUGCCAACUGAAGACCUGUUGAAAUAGCAACUUGACUUAUCAUUAAAGAGACUUAAACACUCCAAACUUAUUCUUUGAAGUUUCUAUCAUCAGGAGACCAAAACUACAGUCAUAAAACAUGGCGAGUCCACAGCAAUGGAAAAUGCAUCGCUGUAACUCCCAAGACCAGUCAAACAAUUCCAACUAUAACAAGCCAAGUUUUUCACCUAAUGGUGGCAACCUAACCUUUCACCGAUCCACAAGUUACCCAGGCCCUCAAAUCAACAAUGGCAUUGCACCUGUGCCGGUCAGAGAAACUGGAAUCAUUGAGAAAAUGCUUUCUUCAUAUGGUUUUCUCCAGUGUUGUGACCGAGAUGGUAGGCUAUUCUUCCAUUACAGCCAUUAUGAAGGGCCAAUUGAUACCCUACAUAUUGGAGACCCUGUAGAAUUUGAGAUGAUCAAUGAUCGACGUACAGGCAAACACAUUGCAAGCAGGAUCAUGAGGUUGCCUCCAGGCAUGGUCAGUACAGAGAUCCUAGCUCCAGAACAGCUACAGGGAGUGAUCGUCACUGAGGCUAAACCACCAAGGACCAAAGGACAUGCUGGACCUGGUGAGUUUGGACAAGUCGCUUAUGAAAUAAGUGGGGAGAGUUUCUUCUUGAUGUAUAGCUAUGAGGAUGUACCUGAGAUAACUGGCAUUAAAAAGGGUGACAAAGUUGCCUUCCAAGUUGCAACUGACAAGAGGAAUGGUAACAUGCAAGCCAGGAAUAUAAGGCUUCUUGAGCCAGCUCAGGUACCCCGCUAUCAAGGUGUUGUCUGCUCCAUGAAGGAAACUUUCGGCUUCAUUGAGCGGGCAGAUGCAGUCAAAGAGAUCUUCUUCCACUAUAGUGAGUUUACUGGUGACAUCAGUGAUCUUAUUCUUGGUGAUGAUGUGGAGUUUGAGAUUGGAAAUCGAAAUGAGAAAGAAGUGGCCACUCAGAUCAAGAAGCUGCCAUCGGGAACUGUAGUCUUUGAAGAUAUCAGCCAGGAGGUCUAUAAAGGAGUGAUCAACAAGGUCAUUCCACGCUUCACCAACAAGAAGACUGCUACACCAUUUCCAGGCAGUCUGAUCUACAACACAAAGGAUGGAGGAAAACGUGAGCUUUCCUUUGGAGAAAAAGACACUCUGCGUUCAUACACGUUACUUGUAGCCGACAUUGUACAUUUCUACAUUGCAACAGACAGGAGAGAUCACCUAGCGAGAGCCACUAACAUCAGUCUGGCUACUGCAGAAACUUUCACCUGUGGAAAAGAAAAUCGAGAAACAGGCACUGUAGCUGCUGUCAAGGAUGGGUUUGGAUUUAUCAAGUGUGCUUGCAGGGAGGCUAGAAUGUUCUUUCAUUUCAGUGAGAUGCUGCAAGCUGGUGAUAUAUGUGUGUCUGAUGAAGUGGAGUUCUCUGUAAUCCCUGAUCCAACCUCACCUCAGCGUCAGAUAGCUAUCCGUAUCAAACGAUUGCCCAAGGGUAGUGUUUCCUUUGAGACUGUACUUCCUAAUCGUGUCCAAGGUCUGGUUGAUAAAGUGCCUGCUAAUUCGUGGGGUCGUAGCCCUGGUAAGAACCGAGACAAGGAGCUUGAUGUAGGUUUCAUCACUUAUGGUCAGAAUGGAAGUCGUGUUAAUAUUGCAUUCCAUGCCAAGGAUACUGAUGUCAAAGUACCACCAGGGGUUGGUGAUUUGGUUGAAUUCAAUAUUGCUGAGAUCAAGAAAGAUGGUUCUCGCAUUGCAGUCAAUGUCACCGUCAUCACCAGAAACUCUGACUCACGUAAGAUAGGAGUCAUUUCAGUAAUGAAGGAGAACUUUGGAUUCAUUGAAAGUGACAAGCGAGACAAAGAAAUCUUCUUCCAUUUUAGUGAAUUCCAUGGAGACCUUAAUGAUUUAGAUGUAGGUAAUGAGGUCUCAUACAUCUCUGUGCGCAAAGGACCAAAACUAAGUGCUGAAGAAGUCAAGAAACUACAAAAUGGAGUCAUCCCACCAAAGGAUGUGAAACCAGGUCAGUUUAAUGGAACCGUCCUCCGUCCACUGCGUAACGUAGACCCUAACCAAGAAGAAUACACAGGACUUGUAGGUGUAGCCAAUGACGAUGGAACUACUGGUGCCACCUACCCAUACUCAAUCACCGGACUGUUGAAUAUGCAUGAGUUUCUUCAGAAGACUGAUAGUGUAUGCUUCCAGCUAUGUACCUGGCCAGAUUCAGACCAACUAUGGGCUUGUAAUGUAGCUGCUGUACGCAGUCUUCUUAGGACCAGGGUGGACUCCAUCAAAGGACCGUAUGGUUUCUUGGAUUAUGAUACCGGUGAUGGCAAGAAGCUCUUCUUUCACAUGAGUGAGGUAAUCAAUGGAGAUGUCCAUACUGGAGACCAAGUAGAGUUUGUUCUUAUCACCAAUCAGAAAACCAACCGCCAAAGUGCCGUUAAUGUUCGCAAAGUCACAAGUACUCCACGCCCUGAACGCCUUCGCCGCCUGCAGAGUCUACCCAAUGAUGAGAAGGGUCUUCGUCUGAUUGUCCUCCGCCAGCCAAUUGGACCCAAAAGUGCUGAACAUGGAUUCAAAAUUGAACGUUAGGUUGAAUGAUUUAGUUGGCCAUAAAUGUACCUGUAAGUUUAUAACAUCUCACUUGAGUUGAAUACUGUAUCCUCAUUUUCUUUUCUAUUUUUUGUUCUUUUACAUGAUUGAUGUUAACAGAGAUGAAAUUGAAUUUAAUUCAGAAUUUCCUUUUGUUUCGUGUUUUCUCACGUUUUUCAGACAAGGUUUGAGUUCUUUGCUCUUGAUAUAUGUUUAUGGUUGUGGUGUAUUACACAUACCUCAGUUGAAAUUUUUUGUUUGGCACCAAAUAAAUGGUUGCCUCUUUUAUGUUAUAUGUUUGAAUAUUUCUUGAAGAAACAAUGAAACAAGUAAGAAAGUAAGUGGAAUUAAGUUUUGCAUUCUAUGCACUAUUGGAGCUAUGGUAUUUGCUUCAAUAUAACAAUGAGUAAGUGUAGUGAAUGUUAACAUGCAUUUCAAUGAUUUCCUAUGUUACUGAGAUGAUUGUGUGUUUGUACUCAAUGUUGCUUCUCAGUAUGUAUGUAUACCCAAAUCAUACCCAAAGAGACUGAACAAAAGUAUAUUACCAGAAGGAUCUUUGGUUUUGUUUCACUUUGAUGUUCAUUUGGGUCCUGAUUGAAAUAUGACUACCAUAGUCAUAAAAUGAAAGGAUAUAUUAGCUUUGCUUAUGUAAAUACCACAAUUACACUAUUUGCUAUGAGUUUUAUUUAUUUUUGGUAUGAUUUGAUUCUUGAACAGCAGGUCCUAUUGGUUUGAUGUUGAAAGAAAAAGUAAUACAAAUUAAUUUAAGAUUUCAAUUGGUGACAUAUUAGCUGCAGAUCAUUAGAAACAUGUAUGAAGUCUGUUCCUGUAUGAGAUAUAUUAAUGUGGUACUUUGAUUCACAGUGCUGCAUAUAUUUAUGGUCUUACACGGCUAUUAUGUAAGAAAAGGCAUUUCUUAUUUACAUGGAUAGAUUUGGAGAUGCACACAAUAUUUUACAUUGUCAUGACAUCUGUCAAUCUCAGAUAUUCAAUAACUUCUCCAAUACGUCCCUACAUGAUUGACUGCCAAUGGGAGUCAAUCUUAAUAUGAAGAUUGAUUAUUGUAAAUUUGUAAUGAGUCAAAUUGUAUAGAAACUUUGAAUACCAGAGUGAGUUAAUGUGGAUAGGAUGGAAAACUACAAGGAGUCAUGGAUAAGUAUGUCACAUCUGGGGAGCGUUUCAUCAAUAUUUUCGUCCGACAAGUUUUCAGAUCUGACAACUUUCAAUGAUUUUGAUUGGUUGAGAGGCACUGUUCCUAUGGUAACUGUCGGAUAAAAUGGGACUUGUUGGAUAAAACGUCCAACAAGUCCUUUCAUGAAACGCUCCCUUGUUAAUAGUGAGGCUUGUAAUUUAAAUGAACAAAUUGGCAGACUCAUAUAUUGUAUAUUCAGACACGUUUCUAAAAUACGACAUAAAUUUAUGGAGUCAAAAUGAAGUGAUGAGGGGCACAAAAUAUUAGUCACAUUGACUUAUAAGGAUGGUAUUAUUUUCUAGAGUCAAUAUGAAUGAAGAAAAUGGCAAUUUCAUUGAAUUGAAAAUUAGAUGUAUAGAUGCUUAUUCAAAAGAAUUAAGCAUGUUGUCUAUUUGAUUAGAAUAGGAAGCAUGACUGUAUCAGCAAGUUGACAAGCUAUUUGAAAUAUCGGCACACUAGAUGUACCAUGGCUGUUCUUUUAUAAGAUGAUCAGAUUGUGUGUGUGUUUGCUAGAAAUGUGUUAUCAGACAUGAACCUCUCAGUUGGCUAAUGUCAGUUUGUAAAUAUUCAUAAAUAUGUUUUAAUUCCAGUGUGUCACUUAAUUUCACUCUCUCUCUCUCUCUCUCUCUCUCUUUCUUGAUCUUAUUUCCUUUAUCAACUUUCCAUUUUGAAAGUAUAAGGGAAGAAUAAUUUACAUAAUAGACUUCACCAAUAGUAUUCAGGUGUAAUGAAAAGCGAAUUGAUAUGUAUGGAGUGUUAUGAAUUUUUUGACUGACAAUCCAUGUAAUCAAAUGUAUUAUAUAUUUUUAUGUUGGUCUGAUAACACAAUCUGAGUUACCAUUCAUAAAAAAAGAGUUAUCUGUUUAGUAAUUGCAUUUCAUGUCCAUUAUGUUCCAAAUUUAUGAAUUGACUUUCAUCUAAAUUAAAAAUGGAUUACAAUAAGACGUUUCUUGUUAAUGUUAAUGAUGCUUGCAUAUCAAAUGUAUCAGUUUUGGUAACUUAAUCCAUUUACAUUUCUCAAAUAAUAAAGUUAGAAUUGCAAUAAGUUAAAUGGUUGUGUGGAAGAAUGUAGUGAGGUAAAGGAUUCGGAUUAAAUUAUGGCUUGUUAUAAGUGGAAAAAAAAAUCAUUAUGGAUGUUUGUUAUUUCUUUUAAAGAAUAACUGAAAUAUCAUACUGCUCAACCUGAUUAGUAUCCUAAUAUAAAAUUUGAUUGCUAUAUUUGUAUAGAAGUUUAAGAGCUAAGAGCAUCUGGUUAUUGAUUUGGGUGGAGACACAACCACUUAAUGUGCCUUUUUUUCUGUCGUAAGAGUUUACAGAGUGAUGUUUGUUAAUGUAAUCCAACCUUUCAUUUAUUGUUUAUGUGAAUGUUAAAUAGGGAUAUUAAAUAGGGGAAAAAUCUUGCCAACCAGAUGUUCUAUAAUGUUUUUGAUUCAUUAUUCACAAUUGAAUUAGAGUUAUGUCUUUAACCAUUUGUUAGAAAAUGAUUUACCUUACUUUACAGAAUGUUUGUAGUAAUGUUGUUCCAUUUUAAUUAUAAAAAUCAACAAAAUAAUAUACAUGUGUCUGGAUUAGUGGAGCGAGCACUCGAUGGAAUAUACCACGUCAUUGCAGUAUGUAGAUAUUGUUUUCAUAAUUGACCUUUCAUUUGCGCUCAAACAUUUUGGGUACUUACUAGUAAGAAGUGAUCACUUAUCAACCAAGGUAAACUCAAAAUAACGUGUUUUCAUACUGGGAGGUAAAUUCAAUUGACUUAUCUCAUUUGCCUUUGGGAGAUUUAGAUUUACAAGAAACCAGGGUGAUUAAGAUAUAAGGUGAGAAUAGUAUAAUGUACAUAUAUUUGAGGCUUCUGAAUAGUGCUGGUCAAUAUUUUGAUAUUAUCGAAAUUAUGCCAUAUUGACAAACUUAAAUAUUCGAUAAUGCUUUUAUGAUUAUGUUGAUAUUUCACAGUAACAUGAUAUGCCCAAAAUAUUGUCAAUUAUGAAAAGUUAAUCACUAUUUAUCAACCACAAAUGAUGCUCUGUAACGCUUUUAAACCAACUCAGACCUAUGUAAAUUAGUACCCAAAUGCCCGCUUUUCAUGGACAAGCUCUGAUGAAAAGUUUUGUUUUCAUUUUCAAGGAAAUACUGCUCAUAUAAAUUAACAUAAUGAAUUUUCAGACUUGGCGAUAUAUUGUGUUAACAGCGAUAUUUUGUGUUUUGGGUGAUGUUAUACUGGAAAUAAUCGUCCAACAUUGAAAUAAAAUAUCGACCAGCACUAUUUUUGAAUGAUAUGUCUAAAACAUGCCUAGUUUAUUAUUAUAUGAAAAUAUUCUGUAUGGAUGAGUUUAGAAAUGUAAUAUCCAUAGAUGAUUUAGAUUGAUACUAAUUCAGAUGUGCAUGUAAGGGUUACUUGACAUAUUCCUGCAGUCGUUUGAUAUACUUUGUGAAAGCUUAUUUGCCAAGUAUAUGAUUUUAGUAUUGUUUUUUUUUUAAUCAAUCCAGAGCAAUGAAUGUCAGAACUUCUUGAAUGGUUGUUUAAUAUAUUUAAAUAGAACAAAACAGUAUUUUAUGUUUUGGUGCUAAAUUAUAAACUAAGCUUUCCAAGGAAUGACAUUUUGUUGUUAUAACCAGGAGAGGGGGGGGGGGUGAUAGUCAUCAAGUUUCUGCAGUCCCUUUUUUUCUCUCCAUUUAAGAAGAGGAUCCGUAUUUCAUCACACUGCCUUUGAGUAAAGUUUUAUUUUCAUUCAUUUUAAAAUGAUAUUCCUGGUGAAAGACAAAAUGCUGUGAUCUUUACAAAGUACAUUUAUUUCUGAUCAAAUGUUGCAAUGCUGCAUUAAUUUCAAUGAUGAAUUGUAUUUCCCUUAUGUAUAUUGAGAUUUAACUUAUUUUCUCGCUAUAUACUGGAGCAAAUAUUAACAUAAUUCAUUAUUAGUAUAUUUCAUUAUUUAGGAGAUUCAAAGCUGUGACUGAAGUGCUUCACAGUGAUUAAAAAUACUUUUGUUUUCAAAUUACUUAUAUUAUUGUCACUACUCUUGUCAUUGUUAUAAAGGAUCCAAUAUCACCAAGUGAAAAAUAUGCCUUGAAUUUUGUGAUGAGAUAAUUUUGUAUCGAGCUCAAAUGUUUGGAACUUUGUUAUUUUCAUUAUAUUUUAUUGUGAAACUUCAUAUAAUUUUCUUAUCCCAGCUUUCAUCACUCCCCCUUAAUCAAAAUUGGCUUAUUCAGUUCAUACUUUUAAUCAGAUAAAUACUUUUUUAUGUUGCUGAAAAUUUUGCAUUUGACUGUGCCUUAGAAAUUGUAAAACUUCAACUUUUUGUUUGCCAUUGUAUGAUUUGAUUGUAUGUAAAAUGUUAUUUUUGAUUUUGAUUUACAUGCUUCUGAAGUUCAGGGUUUUAGGUUUAAAUGUUCACUUUUUACUUCACUUUCCUUUUUCUCUCUUUCUUUUUUUUCAAAUAGGAGGCUGUUUUGAGUUUAAUGUUUCUUUGGAAUAUCCUUUGAAAGUAACACUUGAAAAAUUCAGUGUAAAACUUGAUUAUAGUUCUAUUUCAUUUGUGAUCAGCAGCACAAAAGAACAGUUGAUGUUCCAAAUGUUGGAGAAAAGCCUUGCUUUUGUAUACUUGUAGUCUAUAGUUUUGUAUGCCCUUUGUGAUGGAAAUAUUCAAAUGUUAUGUAUCUUCAGGCUUGAGGGUUGUUCAAAGGGAUUUGCUUUUGUACCAAUGUAUGCUCUAUGCAACUCUUUUUCCUCUUUGUACUUAAUGAAUUUGAAAAUUGGAAAUGUUGCAAACUUGCAUUGAAUUUGAACUUGUUGGAAGUAAAUUUUCUCCAACACUGCAAUAUUAUUAAUAUUAUUAUU